AUGCAAGAUUUUUGUUCAUUUAAGUUGCGUACUGAUUCAGGGUGGUCUGUUGAACUUCUCCAGGACCCCAAGUUGAAGUUAGUGGAGGCAAAAGAUGUCAGAUGGUUGUCUCAUGACAAGGCCACUACAACUCUACGGAAGUGCCUGCCAUCCAUUUACACUAGCCUUGAGCGUGAGGCCGAGGAACGCAAUGACGCCAGAGCUGCCGGACUGUCUGUUUUUACACAGGACUACCGUUUCGUUCUGGCAAUUCACAUGAUGUGUGAUGUUUUACCCCAUCUGACAGCAUUGUCUUGUGCCAUGCAGAAAAGGGACGCUGUAUAUGUGACAAUUAAGCCUCUUGUCAAUGGAACUAUCUCCAUCAUCCAAGGAAUGAAAUCCCAGUCGGCUGACAAUUACAAAGAAGCUCCUGCCAGGGUUACCCAACUUAUUGACGAUGGAUUCCGAAUAAAGUCUCCUUCCGAGGAACAGCUGACAGCAUUUCAUGAAAAGAUCUACCUGCCAUUCCUGGACAACCUUCUACAAAAUCUUGAGGACAGGUUCCCUGAUCUACCUCUCUUAGAGAAGUUUGGGGCAUUUGCUGUAGGCAGUUCUGAAGAUGACAACCAUCAGGACAUACAGGAGCUGGCCAGGCACUUUGGUGUUGAUGUGGAGCAGUGCCGCAGCAACUGGCACCAGGUACGUGCCAGUCUAGAGGGGACUGAUCAGUCAGCCGACCAGACCAUGACCUGGAUUACUGGCAACCUUUCAACCAGUCAUCCAGCUCUUUACAGAAUUGCUGCCGUGGGUCUCCUCCUCCCAACCUCUACUGCAGAUUGUGAGCGAGGAUUCAGCUGCCUGAAGAGAGUAAAGACGGAAAACAGGAAUCGUCUGUCUGUUAAAGUUCUUAACUCUCUUCUUGCCGUCUCCCUUCAAGGACCUCCAUUAGAAUCCUUCAAUUUUGAGAAGGCAGUCAAGGCAUGGAAGGACAACAAACCCAGAAGACAGGCCCACUUUUAAUGAAGAGAAAAUCAACUAAAAUUGGGACACACACUGACACAUACAUAUAAAUGUUGAGGACAUGUUGUGAACUUGUGUUAAACUGUUUAUAUUAUAAUUGUUUAUUUGUUUGAAUUGUUGGAAAUUGAAAAAAUAAAAAAGGAAAAUAAAGAAAAUGUUUAUCAAGUGAAAAGCUUUCAUUUUUUGUUUUAAAACAGCCCACAGCAGUAUCUUGACACCUAAAAUGGCAAAAAAAUUUCGACACGCGGUAGGGGGUCAAGACCCCCUCCCGCACCCACCCCCGUCUGGUUCAAAAGUGUAGCGCUUAAAA